CACUAUUUGUACUACGAUAAGGUUCUCAGCAAUCAUAGUCUACCGCAAUGCAGAUCCCUGUCGAGAUACACGAGCCCGACUUCAGUAAGGCCAUCGCCUCCGUCAUCUGGGCUCGACAUCGUCGACAACCAACCUUGAACAUCUUUAACUGCCAUGUUUCGAACUGUCCCCUCUGCCAGACUACAAGAGCUCCUGAUAGACUUUCGGUGGAGGACAAGAGGAGUUCACGACCGCAACAGGUGAAGGCGUCUGAUCAACCCAAAGUCGUCAACUGGUUGAUAUCGUCGUCGACACCAACGCCGAGCCUCGUAGCGGAUCGUAAGAGAGCUUCGUCACGGACGUCAUCUCCACCAAGGAAGCGAUUCGCCACGUCACCUCCGCCUUCGCCUGAUCACCGCUUCAAGUGUCGAUCAUGUCCAAAGACAUUCGCCACGAAGAUACAUCUUCGUAUUCAUCGCCGGAUUCACAACGGACGUCAUGUUUAUUGCUGCCAGGACUGCCCGAUGGUCUUAGCUUGUUCAUCACAGUUGAUCAGGCAUCGUCGCGUUCACACCGGAGAGCGGCCGUAUCGAUGUUCGUUCGAGGGAUGUGAAAGAGACUUCACAUGCCGCAGCAGCCUCAACAGACACUACAAGAUGCAUUGCCCGGUGGCAGGCUUGAGAGGAUAGCGCUUAGCUGACGAGUCGUGACCAGACAGUAUUUCAGAACUCAUAUUCUUAACUUCAAUUGUCGAACUCAUGAGGAUUAUUUCGUGCAAUUCAAGUUCUUAUUAGAUGAUGCUCCAUGUUUGAGCAGUAUAUUCAAUUUGUUUAUGUUUCAUGAAUCUGAAUAAAUGCGUUUUCAACUUUAAA